AUGACGUAUCCAACCGACUGCUUUGCCUCACUCGGUGACACUUUAUGUCCAUUGAAACAAAUGUCACCCUCUAUGACGAGGUCAUCGGAACGACCGGCCAACGUCGACAACAACGUUGUCUUACCCGACCCCGAUGUCCCUAGGAUCGCCAGAAACGAUCCAGCAGGCACACGAAUAUCAUCCAAUUCAUCGAGUAUCUUUGUCUUUUCAAACUUGCCAAUGAUAGGCAGCGGUAUCUUUCCAAUUGGCACAUUUGCAAACACUGAUAACUUUUUAAUCUCUACAUCAAAUGAUUUAGUACUAUUCCAUUCCACUUUUCAAAAAAAAAAGAAUAAUAGUUUAGAGUUAAUAGAUCUAUCGGAUAUCACAAUCACAGAAACCACCACAAUUCAAGAAUUGGUAGCAAUUUUAGAAAGGGUAGGAGGAAACAAUGAUGAGGCUAAAACCAUCACUACCAAAGCCAUAGAUGGUGAAUACAUUAUUGAUCACUCUGAAAAGGAUAUUGUUUCAUUGGGUAUUAGAGACGGAAUAGUCGCCAAGUUAAAAAAGAGAUCUAUCACACAACCAAGUCAAGAACAAAAAGGUCUUCCUGUACUACGAGAGAAGAGUGGUUCGUCGUCGUCGUCGUCAACAUCAUCAUCAUCCACACACAAAGCUUGCAAGCUCGUCGAGAAGGAAGAAUUUGUCAACGUCGCUUAUACUGACCAAUCGACCAAAUCCCCCAUCUGGGGGCUUACCAAGCCAGAUCAAACUCUGGCGUGGUAA